ACAGUCACAGUACCCCAAAAAAGUAUUCACCAUAUCAAAAAAUGAACAUAAAUAACCAACAAGAUGUUUUUUCGUGGAGUAAGCUGGGCGAUGUGUUGGAUGAUAAGUUGAAAGAUGUGGCCAAAAAAGAGGACCUUACUGCAAUCAAAUAUGAAGUGGAAGAACUUAAACAGGAAAAUUGUAAAUUGAGAGAAGAUAUCAAGAAACUAACAAAUCGCUUAGAAACCUUAGACAGAAAAUCUCGUACUACAAAUAUUGUGGUGAGUGGACUUAGAAGUAGAACUACAUUUACGGCAAAAAAAGAAUUCCUCGACAUCUGCAACAACAAAUUAAACAUCGUAGUUAACAUAUCGUACGCUAGAAUGUUAUCUUCAGGAAAAUCGUUCGUAUUUACACUGGACACCAAUUCCCAAGUGCAAAAUAUUUUAAAUACGAAAGAAAAAUUGCAUGGCCAAUUUAUAUAUAUACAAAAGGAUUAUACUGCUGUCGAACAGUCUACCAGAUACAACCUGCGUCAAGUUGGCAAAAUCGUAUCCCAGCAUAAAAAAGACGUUAAAGUUAGGUUAGGAGAGUUCUGUCUUUUCCUGUUGAAUCUGGUGUGAAACAGGGCUGUAUUCUCAGUCCUGUACUCUUUUCGUUAUACGUGAAUGACCUUCCCUAUAUAUUGCCUGG